UUCCCGGUUGAUGUCGGAACAAGUCGCGCGUUUAUCCGCUGUCAGUCCCUGUUUUUGUUUCUUGAUUCUUGGCCGAUUGUUUGAUAAGGAUGUAAAAAAGUGAAGCUGACAAGAUCCGCGAACAAUUGCUUUGUUCUACAUAACGCGAUUGGAUGAAGUGUGUUGGCAGGGCGUGUACAAGUGCAUCAUUACAUAUAAAAUGGGAAAAUGAACAAGAACACAGGCAAGACAGUGUCGCAUCUCGUCCUCGCAGGACUCAUAACAUGGUGGUAUUCCGGUUCCCUGGAAGUGUCAUUAAAAUCAUAUUGAGUGAAAAGUGCUUGAUACGACCUGGUUGUUGUUAUUAGGUUAAAUUUGCUAAAAGGUUUGUUAGAGGAAAUAUUUUGUGGUUAAACACACUUUGGAGUCAAGAGCGGAUUGCUUGCUGGCAAGAACGCCCGAAUCAAUAAAUUGAUUUUUUCCUCCUCGCAGUGUCUGUCGUGUUGUAGCUCAAAGGUUGUGUGUGUUUACGUUCGGUGCUUUGGCUGAUAAAAUGCAACGUUGUUGCCGUAUCGAAGGCGCAAUUAUCGCACUGAAUUGUUGAUAGGAGUGAGCCAAUCAUUUGCGAAAGGUUUGCCACAGGUAGACGAGGGUGCCCGUGCGAAUACGAAACUGAUGGCACUGUAGAUUGGGAAGACGCUGGCGGGUGGAGAGUGAAACCCUGGCUAUGACAUCAGCGUAGCUAGAUGCUUUGGGCGUGUUGUGCUACAAUUAGACUUUCACUUGGUGGUGCUAUUACUUAGUCAUUUUAUGCUUUUGCUGGCAGAUAGUAGAAAACGAUCCUAAUCGCAGUUUGCUCAAUAGUGAAGAAUGAAAUCAGAUCCCUUGCGACAGAACUAAUCAACAUUAUUGUGUCAUCAAUGUUUCAGACAUGCCGCUUAUGGAAUCUAAGUAUAGCAAGUGUCUUGGCACUGACCCUAUCUAAUGUAUUUCUGACCGUGAGAUUGCUGCACAACGGCGACUGUAACAGUCAGUAUAGUGCCAAUGUCGAUGACAGUGCUUCGCUGGUUCCACGAGCCCCGGUCCUCACACCGGCCACAUGUCUGGAGUACGUGCUGGCCGAAACGCUCACUAACAACACCGACAAGGCGGUCUUCUCCGGGCUUGACCUACGGCUGGGACGGUGGGACUCCAGGAGAUUGUACAAAUUUUUCGAUUUCGCUGUGAUCGGUGAAAAAUAUCCCGAAUUAGGAGAGAAGUUCAGUGUCUGCCUGGCAACGCAGAGCUCACUGGAGAAAAUCUACUCGCUGGUGCAGGUAUCGCACCACUGGUCCGGACCGAUUUCGGCGGCCAUUUUCGCAGCCGGAAACGACGAACUGUAUCUGCUACAAAUCUAUCUAUCCUAUCUGAGAAAUUGCUUCAAAACGAUCCGCGAGCGGGUCAGCUUUCAUCUUGCUCUGCCCAAGGAUCGGGCCCCAACACACCUGAAAAGCAUUCACGUCGGUGACUUCACCAAGUUCGAUUGUGCCAAACCGGAGGCGACGUUGAACGAUUUGAUGAAACUGCGCAAGGCAGACACUAACAAGUGGCGCAUCAAGAAUCCUUACCCGCAGAAUCAUCUACGCAACGUCGCCCGAAAAGGAUGCCAAAAUAUGUUCGUGUUCCUGACGGACGUAGACAUUAUUCCCAGCGUGAACUUUGCCGAACACUUGGACAAAUUUCUGAGAAACCGUAAAACACAUCACGGUGGCCACCAGACGGCGUAUGUCGUGCCUACCUACGAGCUGGACGAAAGGGUGCGCUUUCCCCGCAACAAGACUGAUCUGAUACGGCUCGCCAACAAGGGUCUAGCGAGACCAUUUCAUCACAAAGUUUUCAUCUACAAUCAGUUUGCGACUAACUUUUCCAGAUGGCAAGCUGACGUUUCGGAGGGUGAAGAAACUCAUGUCUCACACAACGUAACGAACUUCGAGUUCUUGUACGAACCGUUUUACGUGGCACCGGACACCGUGCCGCCUCACGACGAAAGAUUUCUAGGCUAUGGGUAUACGAGAAAUACUCAGGUCUACGAAAUGUUCGUAGCUGGCUUUCAGUUCCAGGUGCUCACCCCACUGUUCACCGUCCAUUGGGGCCUGCAGAACAAAAAGAGCCGUCCAGCGUGGCGCGAACGGCAGAACAAUGUGAACCGCAAGUACUUUGAGAUCUUCAAGCGGGAAGUUUUCGCUCGCUAUCACAAGGAUCCGCUGCGAAUGUUGCUGCCGAAGAAGGUCCAGAAGCAGCAUGGCGUAGGCGGAGGCAUAGGUGCCGGUGCGAUAGGAAUUGGUGCAGUCGCUGCCGGUGGAGGAGCCGGGGAAAACAACGGCUGAUGAAGGCUGGCCUGGGCAAUGGCCGCCAUUACGACACUGUAACGCUGGUUGUCGUCGUCGUACGGGCAGUUAAUGCGACACGAAAUAUCAUUAACCUAUUAGAGCAACAAAGAGCGGUAGUGUGUUGGGUAACGUCAAUAAAACAACAAUAGUAGCGCGUGAAUUCAUGCUUCUCCUGCCAAAUUAGUCUACGAAAGAAUUGAUUGGUAUUAUACGCUUGAUUAGUAACCUUUAGGGCUUGAAUUACAAUACUCUAUGCUGUAAUAUUCCUCGAUGGUGUUAUAUUCGAUGCUGCUCUAAUUAUCUAUUUUUUAUUUGUAUGAUUGAUUAUUAUCGUUAUAACGAAGGCUAGUUUCGUUUUCGGCUCACCAAACAUAAACAGGUCAAUUGAAAUAUGCUUUCACGUUCAUCAUGAUUCAUUUGGAUCACAAUUAGAUAAAGUACCCGUGGUUAAAUAAGUAACUCGAUUAGCUAUGAGAACGGCACUAGCGAACAAAUAUUUGAGAUGGAAUUUACAAUGGCGGUGGUUUUAGUUGUUGAAUAUGUCGUGAGAAUCUGUAUAUAUGGUAAUUUUUAACAAAUGUAUUUAGCGAUCGAAUAAAUUCAUGUUGUAAUUUCAA